AUGUUUGCCUUAUCAAUCAUAGCCAUUUUAAUCAAGAAUUCUUUAUCAUAAUGGAGCAAUUAAGUGACUUUAUUAUACUAAAAUAUCACUUUUACAAAAUAUGAAGGUGCCAAUGCUACAUUAUAUUCAAAUAAUUUUGUUAAUUAUGACAACAUCUCUUAGACAGCAAAUUUCAUAACUUGCAUAAAUCCACCUAUAAGCUAUAUCACUUUAAACUCAACUUAUCCUAAAGUUAAAGAAUAUCAUGUUGAUAAUAGAUGUAGUAAUACAAAUUCUUAUUGUUGGUAUGAAUAUAAUUAUCAGACUUAUAAAUUAGGGGAUUUUAUUUCCUUUGAUUUAUUUUUUCAAGGUACAUGGUCAAAUGAUUUGGUUGACUUUAAAUUCGGAAAUUUUACUUAUUCAUACAUGUAUACUUCACCAGUUGACUCAUGGUAGAGCAAUCAUUUUUGUGAUGGUUUAUAAUAUGAUGUGAAAUAAGUCAACUUUUUUUUGCCAAAUUUGAUCUCUCAAAAAUUAAUCAUAUCAUCAUUGAAUUAUGGAAAUGGUUAAGUUUCAAUUAGAAAUUUUAGAUCAUUAACUUAUUCUUGUGAUCCAUUUUGUAAGACUUGUGUUGGAAUUAAAUAAAACUAAUGUUCAAGCUGCUAUUAUGGAGAUGCUACUAAUGGUGUUUGUCCUCCUUGUCCAUUUGGACAUUACUUUUCAUCAGGCUGUGUAAUUAUACCUAGAUGUAAUUUCAUAUUACCAUUAUGCGUCAAAACAUCUUGUAAAUUUUGCUAAAGUAAAUCGUUUUUAAUAUAUAGCAUUUGGAAUUUUUUCUGAUUCAAUACAAAACCUUACUGAUUGGUAUCUUCCUAAUUUUUUACAGUGGACCAUAAUUUAUGAUCCAUAGUUUAUUGACUAAUCUUUAACUUCAUUAUACCAUAAAAAUGUUUUUUUUUAUGGCAUUUUCAAGUAUUCAACUGGAAUUAGUAAAUAUGUAAAUUUAGCUUCUACAUCAAAAAAAAAGGGAUAUUAUGUAGGAGUUUAGAUUAAUCUUUAUAUUUUCAAUGAUAUUCCCUUGACUGUGGGAUAUCAUUUAAAUUUAACCUAACUUAUUAUGGAUCAAUCUAUAGAAACAAUUCAGGAAUUUAAUUACAUAAAUUUAAAUAUUUAGAUAUAAGACCUCUUGACCAGUAUUCAACAUAUUCGACCUCAAAUGAAUAUAUUUUAUAUGGGUAUUUUGACAUUCCGCUUCAACCGAUUUAGUUCACUGCAAUAGGAAAUUACACGUAUGUAUAGUUUUAUACUAGUGAAUAAGCAUUUGGUUGGGGAUUUAAAUCUCUAUAAUUUUUCACUCAUAUUUGUACUUCAAAUUGCUUAGAGUGUGAUGUAUCAUUUAAGUGUAAGAAAUGUGAAUUAAAUUACUAUCUAUAUAAAGACGGUACUUGCAUCUCUACGUGCAAUUUUAAAGUUUAUUAAAAGGUAAUCACAUUAGAAUCUCAAUAAUAUUGUUAAGACUUUAAUGAUUAAACUAGAUGUAUUCAAAUAAACCUAUAAUAGACUCUGAAACCUUUGUAGAAGAACUGCAGAAAUAAUUCGAUCUUAAUUAUUAUAAUUAGUACAAUCUGAUUUCAUAAAAUGGAGCAAAUUUCUUAAAAGGUCCAGAUACAUACUUUUCAUUUGUGUAAGGAUAUCCAAUUUUAGGUGGUUAAUAUAUAUGGGCUUAAGCAAAAUUUUAAAGAACCCAUGAAAACAUUGAUCCUCAUCAUAGUAUUUCAAUUGCAUUUACAUUAUUAUAUGGUCCUUAUUUUCCAUCAGAUGGACAAUUUAUAUUUACAAUUGAAUCUAAUCCUCCAUUAAUAAAAUCUGCUUCAAGCCUAUCAAAGUAAAGUGAUGGUACAAUGAUAGACAAAAUAUUUAUAGAAAAUUUCAGUCACUCUCAAAAUACUCUUACUGUAUUUUUAGAAUGUUUUGGCCCAAAUAAUGAUCCAAUCUUUUCAUACUGUGGCUUCUAUAAUUACAUCGUUGUAGUACAUUAUUGCUAACCAUAUUGUUUGGAUUGCUCUGAUCAAUAUGAUUGUUUAUAAUGGAAUGCUACAUAUGAUUCAAAUCUUAUUAAAUUUUCAUAAACAGAAUGUUAGCCAAAUUCAUAUUAUGAAUUCAGAACUUUCACAUGUGUGCCUUGUAGUUAUUCUUGUGUAGAAUGUUUAUCUUUUAUUAAUUGUACAGUAUGUAAACCAACAUAUACGAAUAGCUAAUUGGGAUGUAUUUGUAAAUAGAAUUAGUAUGAGGAGGCAAACUAAUGCUUUGAUUGUCCUAUAGAAUGUAAAUAAUGUUUAAAUUCUUUAUAUUGUUUCGAUUGCUCUAGAGAUGAUAAUAGAAUAUUAGUAAAUGGACAAUGCUUAUGUUAAAAUGGAUACUAUUCUGUUAUUUCUUAGGUUAAAUGUUUGAGUUGUAAUUAAAUAUGUGGAACCUGCAAUGGCCAAACUAUUAAUGAUUGCUUACUAUGCAAUCCUAAUAUUUCUAAUAUUGAGCUCAUAGGAUCUACUUGCAAAUGUAAAAUAGGUUAUUUUUACGUAAAUUCUCUCAACUAAUGUGUUCAAUGUCACUCAUCAUGUUUAGAUUGUUUUGAUUACAGCAUAACUGGUUGUUUAAGUUGUGAUUUCUUAAAGCAUAGGAUUUUAAAGGGUUUAAAAUGUGAAUGCGAACCAGGAUAUUAUGAAUAAAAUACUGAAUGCAUAAGUAAAUAUUAAAUUAAAUAUAGAUUGCCCAAUUCAUGAAGAUAUCACUUUAUCAAACUGUUAUAAUUUUUGUUAAUUUGAUUACAUUUGGCAUACUUAAAAUUGUAAUUAAUGCAAUUCAGGUUUUGAGUUGAUUUAAAAUGAAUGCCUACCAAUUUGUGGAGAUUCUCUUAUUACAGGUUAUGAAUAAUGUGAAGAUGGCAAUAAUAAUAUAGAUGAUUUAUGUUUUAAUUGUUAAUUUUAAUGUCCAAAACAUUGUUUGACAUGUAAUUAAUCAACAACCUUACCAUGUCAAAAUAUUUGUGGAGAUCAAUUAGUAACUGGUUCUGAAGAGUGUGAUGAUGGUAAUAAUAUCAAAUACGAUGGAUGCUAUAAUUGUAGAUUUUAAUGUUAACCCUAAUGCACAUUGUGUGUAAAAGGAAAAUGUUAAGUGUGUGAAACUAUUGGAUGGUAAAUUGAUCCUUCGUCUGAUCCAUGGAUAUGUAAAGAAGUCUGUGGAGAUUUAUAUCCUAUUGGUAAUGAAUAAUGUGAUGAUGGCAAUUUUAAUGAUUAAGAUGGAUGCAAAAAUUGUAAAUAUUUUUGUAGGAUUGGAUGUACAUUAUGUGAUUAUAGAACUAGGACUUGUCUAAGUUGUGAAUAUCAUGGAUUUAAACCUAAAGAGUAUUAUUGCUUUCCUAUUGAAAAUGAUGGUAUUCUUGUCACUGAUCCUUAUGGAUAUGUUAGAGAAGUUUGCGAUUCAUAGUAAAGUAGUUCUUGUAGUCAUGAGUAAUGUUGUGUUUAAUCAAAUAUCUAUGGCUAAAAUAGAUGUUAACAAUCGCAAAUUUGUUUAAGUUGUGUAAAUAAUAAAUGUGUAGAUUGUGCAGAAGGAUAAAAUCUAAUAAAUGAUUUUUGUUAACCUAUAUGCGGAGAUUCUAGAAAAGUAGCUAAUGAACAUUGUGAUGAUGGUCUUAUUUUACCUUAUAAAGGAUGUCAAAAUUGUCUACCUAAAUGUUAAGUUUCAUGCUAAACUUGUGAUAACUAAGGAUUAGGAUGUUUAGCUUGUAAUUUUGGAUAUUAGAUAAUUGAUAAUUUAUGUUAUACAAUUUGUGGAGAUAUGUUCAUUACUUCAGAUGAAGAAUGUGAUGAUGGCAAUUUGAUUUAGUAAGAUGGUUGUCAUUUUUGCCAAUUUAGUUGUCAAGAUUUUUGUUUAAAUUGUAUAAAUGGAAAAUGUUAUGAAUGUAAAGAAGGUUAUCUUUUGUUCUAGACAUAAUGUUUACCUAUUCAUUAGUAUGCAAGCCAAAAAUAUCCAACAGAAAGGUAUGAAUUUUUAGUUGAUAAUUCUAUUAACAUUUAAGAUACUUUUAAUUUAUGUUAAAUAUAAUUAGAAAAUAUUAUUCAAAUGAAUUAAAUUUCUAAUAGAUUUUAAUUUGAGUAAGUUAAUCAAUAUUGUGAAUUGACUCUAUCGAGAUUAAUAGAUUGCAAUCAAUUAUUUUUGUUCUGCAUUAAUUGUAAUUUCGACUAAUGUUUAGAAUGCUAAAGAGGUUAUUAUUUAAAUUACCUAUUUGAAUGUAUAUCAUAAUGUGGGGAUGAAAUUCUUACAGAGAACGAAGAGUGUGAAUUAAAUUAGAUUAACUGCAUAAAUUGUUUCUUUAAGAAGCCAUAAUUUUGUUUGCAUUAUUUUUCAGGAAUCUGCCUAGAGUGUGACUAUGGAUAUUAUUUCAAUACCAUGAUGAAUUCUUGUGAAUCUCUAUGUGGUGAUGGUAUAAUAGCAUAAGAUGAAGAGCGUGAUGAAAAUGGUGAAUGCAAAUAUAUAUGUUCUAAUGCAUGUUUACAUUGUUAAAAAGGUAUCUGUUUUCAAUGUUAAUAAACAUAUUAUCUUUUGGAUAGUUAAUGUUUUCCCGAUGAAGAAAUCGUCGAAUAUCCAUCAGAAAUAUGGAAUUGUUUGGAGUGUUUGGAUAUAUUUGAAAAAAAUUACCUCAAAGAUGAUAUUGAUUUUUGUGUAAAUUAAUGCGAAUACAACCAGUAAUUUAAUUUAAUUAAAAAAAAUACUGAUAAUUCAAAUUAUAACUUUAAUGAAAAUCAAUCUCAUAAUAACUCAAUUCAAUUUUAUUCGAUAGAAUGUGGAAAUGGAAUAAUUGAAGGAUUUGAAUAGUGUGAUGAUUAAAAUCUGAUUAAUGAUGAUAAUUGUAAUAAUCUUUGUGAACUUUCCUGUUAUCCAAAUUGUGAAAUAUGCAUCAAUGGAUUUUGUGUUAAAUGUGAGUUUGGAUGGAAAAUUGAAGAUAUUGGAUGUGAAUCUCUAUGUGGGGAUUCUCAAAUUGUAGGUCUUGAGGAAUGUGAUGAUGGUAAUAAUUACAAUUUUGAUGGUUGCUAUGAAUGUAAAUAUUCAUGCACUCAAAAUUGUUAAAUUUGUGAAAGAGGUGACUGUAUUGAAUGUAAUUAGGACUUUUUUAUGGAUGAAUAUAAAUUAUGUAGAGCAAAACAGGUCUAAUUUAAAUUUGGUGAAUAAAAGGAUUGUGCAGAGACUUCAGGUGGCUAAUGUAUCUCUUGUUUAUAUGGUUUUCUUGAACCUAUUACUAGCAUUUGUUUGGUAGAUCUUAAGUUGGAGAAUUAUUGUUCGCAACAUUGUAUAGCAUGUUUACUUUAAAAAUGCUUAGAAUGUGAAGAUGGAUACUAUGGUAAUGCUUGCAAUGAUUAAAUUGAAAACCCUGAACAAUAUUUAAACAAAAACUAUAAAUGCAAUAGCAAUUGUCUAUAUUGUGUUAAAGGUUUAUGUUAGUUAUGUUAAGAAGGAAACUAUUUGUUUAAUAAUGAAUGUAUCGUAGAUAAAAUCGAUUAAAUUAUUUAUCUGAAGCAGGAAUCAUUUUGUGGAGAUGGAAUAAUCUAAGGGUUUGAAUAAUGUGAUGAUUUUAACAGUCUUCAAUAUGAUGGUUGUUUUGCUUGCUAGAUCUCCUGCGAAAUCAAUUGUUACUAAUGCACUUUUGGAAAAUGUUAAAUGUGUAAAUAGGGAUAUCUUUUGAGUUCUGAUUCUAAUUGCAUUUCAAAUUGUGGAGAUGGUCUAAUCCUCCCAUACUCUAAUGAAUAAUGUGAUGAUGGAAAUACUUUAGAACAUGAUGGUUGCUAUAACUGUAAAUUUGAAUGCUAGCCAUAUUGUGCUUAUUGUAAUGAACUAUCAUUAAAAUAUUGAAAAUUAAAUUCAUUAAUAUUAAAAAACUGUAAAUUUGAAUACAACAAUGUUUAAAAUGUUAAGAAGGAUUUUAAUUUAAAAAUGAUAAUUGUACACCUAUUUGUGGAGAUGGAAUCACAAUAAUUGAGUUUGAAGAAUGCGAUGAUGCUAAUGAUCAACCAUAUGAUGGAUGUUAUAAUUGUAAAUAUUAGUGUAGCGAAAAUUGUGAAAUUUGUUAUCAAGGCUAUUGUUAAGAUGUAAUUUGCUAAUUAGGAAUGGCAUGGAUGAUUGACUCAUGUUCACCUAUUUGUGGUGAUACUUUAGUUGUAGAUAUUGAAGAAUGUGAUGAUGGUAAUUCGAAAGAAUUUGAUGGAUGCUUUAAUUGCAGGUUUUCAUGUAUUGAGAAUUGUAAAACCUGUGAUAGAGGUUCUUGUUUAGAUUGUAAAUCGGGAUUUUCAUUAAAAGAUGAUAAAUGUGUUGAAAUCAUGAGUUAAAAACAUUAUUUUGCAGAUUACUAAUCAAUCAUUUAGAAUUCAAAAAAUAAUUGGAUAUGUCAAGAUUAAGAAUGUAUUUUUUCUUUGAGUCCUAAUCUGAAAAUUGAAUAUCUGAAUUAAACUUUUUCAAAAUAAUAUAUAAAAGUCUACUUUGAUUAAGAGGUUAAAUUAAAAGAAAAUAAUUAAACUCCCUAAUCCUAACUAUUCAAUAUCUAAUUAAAAAAUUUUCAUAACUCAGCAUAUAAGACACAAAUUUAUCCAAUUUAAGAAAUUAAACAUGAUUUGUUAAACGUCAGUUAUGAAAUAGAGAUUGAAAAUUUAAUAAGUUUUGAUGAAAAACCUCUUUUAUAAAUUGAUUUAAUAAGUGACGUUAUUAAUAAUAAUAAUCAAUUGAUUACCAAAAAGUAAAUACAAAUAUAAUUAAAAUAUUCUGAAUUCUUAUCAGAUGAAAAAAAAUAAAUUUCUUUAAAAGCAAUGACUUCAAAUAGAGUUCUUAUGAUUGGAGCAAUAUCAUUUAGUAUAAUAUCUUUAAUAUCAGGAGAGUCUUCAUUUUUUUUGGAGAUCCUUGAUGUUUUACAAUAUUAAUCUUUUCUAAAAUUUAUUAAUGUUGAUUAUCCAGAGAAUUUGGCAAUUUAUUUUUCAGCUUCUGAAGCAUUAGAAAUUAGCUCUUAUCUAUAAAUUAUGCAAAUUGAUCAAAUAUUUAAUAUCAUUACAAAAAAAGAGGAGAGCUCUGAAGUAGAUGGAAAAUUCAAAUUUUAUAAUGUAGAUCCAGAUUUUUUUACUAACAUUCUCCCUCAAGCCAUUUAAACUCUUGUGUUAUUAAUAAUUUUAUUCUUAGGAAACAAAUAUUAUUAAUUGUUAGUACUCACUUUAAAUUAAAAAAAUAUUACUAAUAUUCUUAGUCUUAAUUUGAAUGGUUUUAAAUUAAGUAUCAUAAAAAUAUUCAAUAAGAUUAGAAUAUAGAUAAAGGGAUUAAUUUGUAUAAAAUCCAAUUUCAGUUCCACUCAUGUCAGGCCUUUUAUUUUAAUAAAUGCAUGGGAUUUACUAUUAAAAGUUUUUAUUUCUCUUCGUUACAUUUAAUUUGGUGGUGAUAUGAGAAAUACAAUUUAAUAUAUUAUAAGCUUGGCUUUAUUAUGUUUCUACCUUUAUUUUAUUUUAUAAUCGUUAAAAUUUACAUAUGCUAAUAAAAAAAGACUUAAAACAGAGUAUUCAUUUUAAUCAUUUGAUUUAGGUAGGAAACUUUUAUUUCAUUUCUUUUUGGUUUGUUUUUAAGAGAAUUAAAUACUUUAAACCAUUUUAAUUUCUAUGAACAGCUUUAUUUAAUGUAUAAUUAUCAUAAAAUACUAAUAAACUAAUAUCAUUGA